UGGCCGCCGCGCGCGUGACGUUUCCACGGUGAAGCGGCGUGGCGUGGCGUUGCGUGGCCCGGUUUCCGCGGCGAAGCCACCGAGGACUGUUUUGUCGUGCCGCAUUCGCCGUGCAGUGAACAUACGCUCGUCUGGGCCAAGAUGGUCGCGGUAAAGGGACGCAAGAGCUCUAACAAGAAUCCACCGAUACUGAGCCAUGAGUUUGUCAUACAAAACCAUGCAGACAUCGUUUCCUGCGUGGCUAUGGUCUUCGUGAUCGGUCUGAUGGUGCAGGUAACUUCGCCAUGGGCAUAUAUGUUUAUUGCUAUUCAUCAUAAUGUCACUAAUACCACUGAAGAUCCAACAGCAGUAAUAAAGUAUACUACAGGAUGGAAAGAUGCCUGUGCAGUAUUCUUUUACUUCUUGAUAACUAUUAUAAUGCAUGCAGUGCUUCAGGAAUAUAUAUUUGAUAAAAUAUCCAAACGUCUCCAUCUCAGUAAAGUCAAACUCUCUAAAUUUAAUGAGUCGGGCCAAUUGAUAGUGUUUUAUACAUUAUCUGCAUUAUGGGCCAUUGAUAUCAUCAUCAGGGAAAAUAUGCUUUUGAAUAUAUGGGCACUGUGGGAAGAAUAUCCAGCGCCAAUGUCUUUCUCCUUGAAAUUAUUCUUUAUUGGCCAGCUUGCCUAUUGGUUACACUGUUAUCCCGAACUCUACUUUCAACGAGUCAAGAAAGAGGAUAUCCCGCAACGCAUUCUCCAUGCAACCAUUGGAUUAUUCUAUACAUCUGCGGCUUAUUUCUUUAACUUCCAACAAUUAGCAGUAAUCUUGUUGACUCUCCAUUAUAUGGCAGAUGCCUUGUUACAUGGAGCCAGAUUGGUUCAUUUUAUUAGCCAAAAGGAGAAAAGAACGAAAUUAUCAUUCCUCGUCGCUAAUUCAACGUAUGCGUUCGCGCGCGUUACGACCAUCGUGCUUACGGUUGUUGUAUUUCUGUACGGUUUGAGAAAGCAGGAGUUCAAUUUUGAUUAUGACACCGGCAAUUUCAAUACUCCAGGCGUACAAUUCUCGGCGGUAUCUAUUAUUUCGCUCUUCCAAGCUUACCUUCUGUAUCACUUCAUCGCGAAGCAAGUUAAGCGCGCGCGCGAGAAUGCUGCGCCCGUCGUCGUUAAAGCCAAGCCGAAACAAAAGCUGAGAAAACGAGAAGGCAAGAAAUCCGCUUUAUCCGAAGAUGACGAUCUUCCGGAGGUAGAUCAGGCGACGAAGAAAAAUCUAAGAAAUCGUCCUUCAGCCAAAGCAAAAUAGGCGGAUUAACGAGGUAUCACUGACAAGGCUGAUUAGAUUUGAUUCAUUUGUAUGUCAUGAAUAUGUCAAAAUAUUCGACUAUGAUGUACAAAAAUGCAAUCGUUUCUUGUAAUACAGAAAUGAAGCUUCCGUAGUGCUAUCGAUUUAAAAUUAUGUCGUGCAGAGUGUAGAGAUACUAGGCUUUGUACUCGAUAAAUAUAUAAACGUGAAUUUUAAAUAUUUAAAAGAGAUUAAGUGUGCGUGAUAUUAUGAUAGGCGGAUAUUUUUUCUUUUUACUCGCAAAUAGUUUCUUUACAAUGUUUUCAUUUUUAAACGAAUUACGAAUAAAUGUUACAUUCACAUAAAAUCAUAGAAUCUUGAUGUAUAUUUUGGUAUACUAUCUUUUUAUGCGCAUUGCAUGUUUAUGUAUUUUCUAAGUACAUCAAUGCGUACUAUUUAUAAACUAAUUAAGAUAAAUUUUUACAAUUUCAUCUUUGUUAUUUAAAAUUCUUGAUAGAUUUUCUUUGUGCAUUGCUUUUUUGAUAAGUUUAGAGUUAAUCGAUUAGAAUAGACCUGUCCAAGUUUUUAGAUUCGAGUUUCAUUUUCUUUUCCAUCUUUCUGAAUGAGACAAAGAAGAAAUAAAAAAGUUAAAACAAAUCCUGAGCUCCAUCUAGAUGAUAAACUUGGAUAGGUCUUACUGUUGUACUGGAUUAUUUCUAAACUAGAACGUGCAAAUAAUCGAAUAGAAGUAAAUUUAUUAUACUAGUGAUAAGUUAUAAGAAAAAAAUACACAUAGAAAUGUUGUAUGAAAUAAUUUCUGGACCAUAAGUCUUAUAAGAAUCAUGUCAUAGAAAUAUACAUAUCCUAUUAUGGAAUUAUAUUGUUACAUUUAAAUACAA